GAGUCAAGGAAAAAACCUUCCGACUGUGAAGUUGUUGUUUCAGAGCUGCGCGAGAUGCGAGGUGACGCGCAUUCAGGUGGAGCGACGCUGAUCCGCUGCCGCGCGUCCACGAGCACAACGCCAGUGAAGAUCUGUGGGCAGAUCCGAAUCCGAUCCGCGGCUGGUAGACGCUCUUGUCGCGGGCUCGUGGGAUGAUCGCGACCGCGUCUCUUCUGGCUUCUGCUGAAGUAAAGCACGUUUCCACGGAUCUUUAAAUCUCUCGUGGCAGUGCGAUGAUGCUGUUUGUGCUCCUGACGCUUCAUUGGACGACGCUCAUCACAGCUCUUCAUGAGUCGAGCCGUACCGCCGGACGGCAGAACGAUGUGGUACGGCCCAAUAUUUCUAAAUGCCGCUCAUCGAACAUGGAGGACUUCACCUGUCAUUGGAAUCCACUGGAUCGUGAAGAAAACGUCACCUACACGUUCUUGUACACUAUUGAGAAGGAUGUCUUUCAGGAGUGUCCGGAUUACGUGACCGCUGGUCCCAACAGCUGCCACUUUGAUGCCAAGCACACUCAGGUGUGGCAGGUCUACUGCAUGAACGUCACGGCACACACCCGCAGCGGUCCAAUCACAUCACCUUUACUCUGCAUCGAUGUGGUGGAAAUAGUGGAGACAGAUCCGCCCUUUAACUUAUCUUACAGCAUGUUGAACAAAAGCGGUGAUGAAUCGGGUCAAACCAUUCUGGUGUCCUGGUUGUAUCCGUGUGCACCUGACGUCAACACCGGCUGGCUCACGCUUGUGUACGAUCUGAGAUACAGACAUCUGUCAGAGCCUGACCAAUGGAAGGUAAAGGAACGCUUGCGUGAGACUCACCUGGAGUUGCUUGAUCUUCCGAUGGGCAGUUAUGAGCUGAUGGUGCGCUGUCGAUCUGAUAAAAGUAAAUUAUGGAGCAGGUGGAGCGAUCCCAUCUAUUUCACCGUCACUACUGGACGUCUGCUGGUUCACAUGUUGGUGAUCAUGUUGGUAACAGCCAUCGCUGUCAUGACCUUCCUCAUUAUUGGCUUUGGGCUCAUUCCGCAGGGCAAGAGGAUUAAAGCAUACCUCCUGUCACCCAUUCCCAAACCGCGCAUCCGAGGACUUGACCCCAUGCUCAUCAAGAAGGGGAAAAUCGAUGAGAUCAAUCAGCAUUUCUCCACUUUUCACAGCUAUAAGCCUCCGCAGUACUCUAUGGAGACGUGGUAUCAGGUCAGCUUGGACGCGAGUCCGGCCGCGGCGCUCAACGGUUUGAUGUCUUAUUUUAAACAGGAGGACAGAGCGGCCCCUCAGCACCAACCCUUCCUUCAGACCAACCAGAGCGGUCCCACCGAGCACGACGCCUCUUACUGCCGCACGCCCGCCGAGGUAGACAAACCCCAUCAGAAUACUGCAGAGGCAUGGCCAGAGCCAAGCCACACCCACCCAGAGCUGGUGUCCUUCCCAGGAAUGGACUACAGCAUGAUUUUAAACCCCGCCCCUGCCGAGAGCGCCGUGACGCAGCCCAGUCCUCUGGAUUUCUACACCUGUGUGGGUGAGAUGACGCUCUGUGGGGCGGUUCAUCUGGUGCCCUGUCUGCCUGAGUCAAUGAAAAGCACCGCCUACCUGCAGUUUAAAGACGGAGCGGCGGAGCCGGACAAGAGCAUUCAGUUAGCAGCAUUUGUGGAGAGAAAGAUAGACGAGAUGUUCGGUGCCGAUGAUACGGGUGAGACGACAGAUCAGAGGGAAUGUGACGUGCCUUUACUGCCUAAUUCAGAUGACAAACACUGACACUUACAAACACUACAGCUGUUCAAACACACACACACGCAUGCGUGUACGCGACGAACAAUCGCACAUUUCACUUACGGGGUUCAAAUACUUUUCUUUUGCUCUUAUAUUUUUACUGGUAAACAAGUACUUAAGAAAUGUUUCGAUGUUUAAAGAACACAUGUGUGUGUCCAAGACAUGAGGCUUUGCACAGCGGCUCAGUUUGUGUUGCUUUGUGUUUUCUGCGUUUACAAGAAAUGAAAAACUGUGACGCUUUUCUUCAAACUGUCAGAUGUGCCUACAGAAAUGACAGCAUUUAUAUUUUCAGACGGUCAUGUAUUUUGCAGCUUACGCGUAACCAAAAACACAAAAAAGAUUCCUCAGUCAUGUGUGAACAAUACCAAGCGGCAACCUUCCGAUCUCUCUCGUGAAGCCAACAUGGACGUGACUUAAACUGCAAUUCAUCGACUGGCCACUAGAGGCUGGCUCCAAAACAGAGCAGAAUCUCAUUGAGCCCCAUGUUAAAAUGGGCAACUUUACAGCAGAAAAAAACAUGUUUACAGUCUGGUACAAAAAAGUAUUUUGGUCUAUAUAUGUAAUUUUACCCUUCACGACAACUGUGAGGGGGUGAAUUAUUUUUAUAACUCGUCCGUUUAACUUAUAUUAAGCCUUAAAAUUCUGCAUCAUUAAGGGUGUGGCCACUUGAGUGACAAGUGAUUUCAGCAACCAGGCAACUCAGCUCCAACCACGUCCCUCCUCUUUGCCCAUUUUCAGGAGCGAUGCACGGUGACGCACUCCUAAGAUGGCGACGGCCGGCUUCUCACGGUUUAGGCUUCAAAAAAGCACCUCAGAAAGCUACGGGUGACGUCACGGACACUACGUCCAUGUUUUAUACAGUCUAUGGUGAAUACUCAACAGUGUGCACCUGAUGUUCCUGAGAAAAUACAAUCUGUUACAUUAGCCACACGAUACAAUCAUGACUAUAUACAUUUACUGAAGAAAACUAGCAAAAAUAAACAAACUGAACUCAACAUCUGAUCACAGCCGAACAAAUCUCUUGAAUGUUGUUGCCGUAGCCAUUCGCCCUUUUCACUAACAAGCUGUUCUGUUGUUUAGUUCUGAGCUUAAACUUGAUUCUUAUUUGAUUUUCAUUCACUACAUUUACAAGUUUAAGCCAUAAACGCAACACACGCACACCAAAGACUGUAUACGGUAUAACCAGCUCUUUAUAAUCACCUCUGAACACACUUCAUAACCAGCUAAAAGACUCAACAUCAGAGCACUACUGCAGGAUUGAGUUCAUGUAUGGAGUAAAUAUGGUAAAGAUGAAUGACAAAAUUAAAGUCUGUUCAAUAGAUAUCAAUGAGAAGAAAUGAUGAUAUGUCAAAAGGUUACAUGAUAAUGUUUUUAUACAUUCUUAUUCUGCAGAUCACCCUAAACUUGAUCACAUCAGAAUCAUUUUUGCUAUACCUCCAUAUAUUGAACUUGCACACAAAUGUCAUCAUCACAACAUAAUCUGUUUAAGUGGUGUCUUAAGUGAAGGCAUUAAUAUACUGUAUAUAUGGGUGAUUUUAACUCAGGAAGUGACGUCAUUCUGCAGGAUAGCAGGAAAACGAGCAGGUGUGAAUAAUCUCCAUUCAUUUGCUGGAUUGUCACACAGAUUAAAAGAUAUUAAAGACAUAAACGUUUAUAAAUGACUUUGAAUAAAAAAACGCCAUUUGAUAUCUGUUUGUACGGUCACUCGGGUGAAGUUUGUGCUCGUUUUAUUUGUGUAUGUUUGUAAAACUCAUUUAUGUGUGGUUUAUUUGUUAAGUGCGUGCGUGCGCGUGUAUUAGAGACGUCAACACUGUGUUAUUUGUACACUGCUUCUGUGUUUUCUCUUGAUUUUUUUUUCUCGUUUGGUGUUUGUUGUGCCUUUAAAUACUCAUAAAUAAAUGUAAAUACUCACUGCAAGUGAAAGAUGAAAUAUAAAGCUCUUCUGUAUUUUAUGAAUGAUUUAUACAGUAAUAAAUAAGAUGACAGGAUGAA